GGAGCAGGGGGAGGAAGGAGACAGUUCAGGAGGAGGUAAGGACAUUGGUCAUGGUGUUGCGGAGAUGGAGAACAAGGCGAGGACCAAGAAAAUGGUAGCCAAGCUUCCACGAUGGCUGAAGGUAACGGUGCCAAUCUCGCAGAGGAGGAGGAUGAGGAGGAGGAGGAGGAGGAGAAGAAGGAGGAGGAGGAGGAGGAGAAGGGGAGCUUGGUUGGCGAUCGUGAAGGUGAGCACGAGAGCAGGAAAAGCGGCGAGGAAGGGGAGCAUGUUUCUGAUUCCACCAACUAUGGUGGUGGUGGUGAUGUUGUUGGUGGCACGAAGAAGAGGGAGGAGAAAGACGUCCACGUGGGGGAUAGGAGAUUGGGCAGCGAAGCUGUGGCUGCCGCCGACGUGGAAGAUGAACGGCGGGGUGAGGGAGGGGGAGGAAGACCGAGUAUUGAAGUUUUUGAUCGUGGUAGGGAUACUGAUGAUGCUGGUGAUGGUGACGUCAUCAGGUGUGAGAGAAAGGAGAGAGACAGGGGCGAUAUUGUUGCGAUCGGAUUGGAUGAGAGGUUGCGUGUUGAUGCGGUCAUUGCUGAUAAGGAGAUGGAGAGGCAGUGGGGUGACGGAGGAGGAGAUUCAGGAGAAGGCAUGGAUGGCUGCAGGGAUGAAGGUAAGGGUAAGGAAGGUCCAGAUGAUGAUAACGCUAGGAAAGAGAGGGAGGAGGAAGAUGCCGGCGAUGGAGGAUUUGUGAGCAAGGUGAAGGACGUGUUGAUUGGUGUAGGUGAUGGUGGAGAGGAUCUCCAGCAAGCUGCCGUCAUCGCCGAGGGAGGAGGCCAGGGCAGAAAGGGAGAUUGUGCCUGUGAUAACGGUGUGGGUGAUGGUGAUGAAGAUGCCGUCGACGAGGGAAGGAAAUGUAAGAGUGCUGGCUAUGGAGAUGGAAGCCAAGGGAAGGGAGUUUGUGCGUAUGAUAGCGAUGGUGGUGAUGGCUAUGCCGUCAGUGAGAGGAGGAAGCACAAGAAUGGUGGCUAUGGCUAUGGCUAUGGAGGUGUUAGGGAGAUGGAGGGGACGUUGGCUGUUGGUGAGAUUGGCUGCUGUAGGGAGAAGAAGGAGCAGUGGUGCGAGGGAGGAGGAGGGCAAGACCCGGAUGCUUGUUGUGAUGGUGCUGAGUAUGGUGAUGAUGAAGCGGGAUCCAGGAAGAAGAACGAGAAGAAGAACAAGGAGGAGGAAGAAGAUGAAGAUGGCCUCUAUGAUGCAAUUGGUGUCUGCGAGGUGGAACAGUGGUUGGCUGGUGAGGUUGUUGCUGAGAAUGAGAACGAAAGUAAUCAUCAGCAGUUCACGAGAGGGGGGCGGCAAAGCGCGGGUGCUUCUUGCGAUGGUACCAGGCAGGAUGGAGACUAUGCAGGGGAGGAUGGAGGGAAGAGAAGGAAGGAGAGAGAUGGUGGCGUUGAUGGAGGUCUGGGUAGGAUGGACGGAGGUGUUGCUGACGAUGAGGGCAUGAUGCAGGUUCGUCGGGAGGAAGGAAAAAGCGACGUGUGGGAGAGGGAGAACGAGAGAGAGGGUGGUCGUGAUCAAGGUGUGGGGGGGGUGGAGGGUGUAGGUGCUGCUGACGGUGGCGUGGUAAAUGUUGUUAGCGACGUUUCGAAUGUUAAUGACUAUGCUAAGGACAUGUCAGCGACGAUGGACGAGGUUGGCGAUGGGGGCCACGUAAGCGUGGUGGAGGAUAAGGUGCUGCUACACAGCAGAGCUUCGGUCGAUCGCUGUGUAACUGCAGCUCAUCGUUGUACGGGUGUCUUUGCCGGAGUAAUCCCUCCCUCUCUACAAGAAAGACUUGGGAAGGAGGGUGGUGGUGGUGAAAUGGGAGAAGAGGGGAAGGAGGGGGAGAACGAGCUGGAGGAUGAUGAUGAUGAAGAUGACGUUGACUUCACUCCUGGCUCUUUGUGCUCUCUCUCUCCCUUGCCGUCUGACUUUUCCUCUGUUAUCUUGUCUGAUACGGAAGAUGAGAUAACCGACAAGGGAGGGGAGAAAGGGUGUGAGGACGAUGAGGAAGGUGGUGAUAAUGAGAGGAAUCUGAUCGGGGGAUGGGAGAUGGACGUUCGUACUGGGGUUAGCUCGGUUCUGAGCGGCGGCGGCGGAGAUGCCUUCGCGGGGCAAUCAGCAGCAAUCUUCAGCCAUGGUCUUUUGGAGAACAGGCAGCAGGACGUGGGACGUCUUGCCGUUGAGAGGAGAGAGGAUGAAGUCGAUCUAGGGAGAGGAGGUGGUGAUGCCGCAGAUCUCGAUGGCGAUGCUACAACGCAUGCUCAUGGGGAUAAAUGGGGGAAAACCGGAGGUAAGGGGGUUGAGUUGUUGAGUGGGAGGAAGGGAGAACAUGAUAGCAACGACGAGAAUGCGGUCACGGAAUCCUCUACUGGCGGGACGAUGAUGCUUGACGCCAUAUCCAAGCGGACUCGAGCGAGGUUAUCUCUCAAUGACAUGACCCUUGAGGAGUUGGAGGCAUUCCUGCGAGAUUCGGACGAAGACGAAGACUUGGUGGGGGCUGACGUGGAGGAGGAGGUGGCAGUUUAUCGCGAGUUUUUGGCGUCGGUAAUUGGGGGUAUACAGGGAGAAGGAGGGGGUAAUGAAAGUAGGGAGGGAGAUGGGGGUGGGGGAGAGGGAGGAGGAGGGGGAGGGGGAAGGGGGGGGGAAGAGGGCAAGGAGCCAGUUGUGGCAACAGGUGGUAGAGAGGAGGAGGAUGAUGAGAGUGAUGUGGAUUUCACGAUAGAGGAUCUGUUUGACAGCGAGGGGGAACAUGGAGAGGGAGACGAAGAUGAUGAAGAUGAUGAGGAUGAGGAUGAUGACGAGGAGGAAGAGGAGGAGGAGGAGGAGGAGGAGGAGAGAGAGGGGGCGGACGAGGAGGAGGAAAUGGUUGGGGGGGAGAGUGAACGAGGGAGAGAGCAACGAGCGGGGGCCGGCUCGAGGAAGAGGAAGUCUAGCGCGCGCUCCUUACCACGAACAGCUUUCCCUUGUGGCUCGAGGAAGAAGGGCAAAACAGGCGGUGGGGGGGGUCAUACAGAGGCGGAGAUUUGUCAGGAUUCUCUUGUGGCAGACAAGGCAGCAAAGAAGUGGCGCCCUUUGCUGCCACGUCAGCAGGCCAACCACCCGAUGCUCAUGAGCUGGGGGAGCCGAUCAAUGGCGGGUCCGGGUCCCGACUUCCAACCACCGCAUAUGAUGUCGUAUUGGCCCGGUGGGUUGGGUUCGCAACCUCCCCCGAUCCAUGCUGCAGUUGCCACCCCCGGGCACCAGUUCACCGCUCAUCAGAUAGGCCAGCUGUAUUGCCUGGUUCAUGAACAUGUCCAGCUUUUAAUCCAGGUCGCUACGCUGGGUCAGCUGGACAAGGAGUCCAUGGAAGCUGCGCUGGCUGCCCGCAAGUUGUUAGCAGAGCUUCAGUCCCGAAGAGAAUGGAUUCUCUCCUGGAAGAAGACAGCUUUCCCGGAUGCAUGUUUCAAGCCUCCUUACGUUCAUCCAACUGCCACGCUUGUGCGCACAGCGGGGUGUGAUGGGAGCCAAGGGUGUGCCUGUGGCUGUGCUCAGCCUUCCCCUGGCACACGCCAACACCGCCAAUCACCGGCGACUGCCAAUAGCGGAAACCCAAAUGCAGCCGAUGAUCAGCGGAUGGAGGUUGAAGAGGUCUCCAGUGCAAGCGUACCCUUACCACGAACAGCAGUGGGUACACAGACAACGAGUGGGAUGAUGAUGAUGAUGAUGAUGGCGGAAGCUGCUGGUACUCGUUCGAGCAAUGACGGGGUGGAUCUAAGGUCGGGAUCGGGCUUCACGCAGGUGCAAGCUGACGUGGACGCGAUUUGGGCCCCCACGGUGUCGGGACCAGUGCACUCGCUGCUCGACGUGGCACCGCUUCGAGUUCUACCACAGUUCCUCCUGCAGCUGGACCGAGCUGCAGUUGCUGGUGGUGAUCCCGACCCCGACGCCCAUCAGUCCCAGGCAGGACGGGAAACGCAACAAGGGUCUUCUGCGGCUGAGGGCGGAGAGGAGCGUUGCCCUAUGUUUACGUGCUGCAGCCACUCGCAAGUGGCCACGGCUCCCUGGCCCCCACGUAUGUCAUGGCUUUGGUGUCGCAACGAGGCAGCAGCUGCACCUGGUGCUAGCAGCUGCCUCCCCGCGGUCGGCUCCCAUGCCCCAGGCAACAUACCCGUGGCAGAAAAGAAUGACGAGCAUCGAGGAGACAACGAUGCUGCUGGACGUGGAAGGGGGGGUCGAACCGCCGGGGGGGGGUCUGUGUUAAAGGAGGUGGAUUCAAUAGGCGGGAAAGCGAAGGACAACAAUGGGCCUAGUGGAGGCAAAUCGUCAAGUCGAACAGCAGCGACGGGGGGGGGAGGAGGAGGAGGAGGAGGAGGAGUUGGAGGAGGGGGUGUUGUGCUUGUGCCAGGUCGGUAUGCCCAGGCUAUGAAAGUAUUUGAGAGAGUGUUUAAUCCUGCAGUGUUCCCAAGGUGCCCACCAGCUAGCUAUAUUGCGAAACGCACCCUGUUUACAGAGAAUGAGGACCUGCUGCUUGCCAUGGGCAUCGAGAUUUUCAACACGGAUUGGCCAGCCAUCCAGAAACGUUUUCUCCCAUCCAAGACAGCGCAGCAGGUGUUUAUACGUCAGAAGAACCGAUGUGCAGCACGUGCACCAGUGAAUCCCAUCAAGCUUGUGCGUCAGCUUAAACAAGCCCCGCUAAGUAAGGAAGAAAAGCAACUGAUCAGUCAGGGGCUGCAGAUAUACAAACACGACUGGCUACUGGUGUGCAGCAUGUGCGUGCCUCAUCGGGAUCCGCAGACAUUGCCCAGACUGUGGAAGAUGGCAUUGAGCUCUUCCUCCUGUUCCACGACGAGAGAGGGGGAGGCCAAUCAGCCUCGAAGGGCUCAACGACCUCGGCACAGGGAUGGCCGAAAGAGAGGAGCACAGGCUGUGGUGUCUGCAGCUUCCAUGAGUGCAGAAGGCCAGGGUGAGACCACGGUUACUGCGGUUGAUACCGGCAAGUGGGAUCGGAAUCGGCGUGCGCCCUCCGAUGGGUCAAGAAAGGAGAACAGUAGAGCUCACACCGUGGCCUCUGCUGGGGAGGGGGAGGGAGUACGUGCAGGUGGUCCUUCUUCGGAAACGGGCGGAUCUGUUCUUUCCCAUUCUGCUCGGCCACCAGUUGCAGGUUCUGGAAUGCAUAAGUACGACCAAACUGUGUUGGAGGGAAUCUCCGCCCAACCUGUUGGGCCCCAACAUAGCGGAACUCCUGUCUUACAGCCAUCUACUGCCAAAGCUGGCCAUUCCCAGCACCUUUCCGCAGGAUUAGCCUCUUCUGGCAUGCCACAUGUGUCAGCAGCUGCACCUUCUAUUCCGGGUAACCAAGUGCAGACUGUGGGUGCUGUGCCAUCUGGCCCUUCGGUUCGUUUGCCAGGUCAAACGGUGCUGCAGUCGCAGGUGUCUCCCAGUAACGAAGUGCAGACUGUCGCUGUCACGCCUGCCGAGCCUUCAGUUGACUUGCCAGGUCAAACAGUUAGUCAAACGGUGCUGCAAGGUCAAACAGUGUUGCAAUCCCAGGGAUCUGUACAUAGGGAUAGGCAAACUGUGGCUGUGGUGCCUGCUUCGCCAGUUGGGUUACCGGGUCAAACAGUGGUGCAAUGUCAAACGGUGUUGCAGCCACAGGUCUCUGGAGGGAUAGAAGAUCAUUGUGGCAAGUCUCCAGAGAGAGCAGCUCCACGUCAGGCAUUGACCGUUGCGGGGGUGCCGAUGGGCCUUACGCAGAAUAGGAAGGAACACGUGCCCAUCUCGGACCAGGAGUUUGAACCUUCCUGUCAUGAAGUUGGUGCACACAUGGAGGCUGAUGCAGGUGUGAUGGAUCAAAAUGGUGGUGUAGUCCCAACUGAAGGGACCGGUGUUACCCUCUUAUGUGACGAGUCUUAUGCUACCUUCAUUCAGCGUGAAGAUUAUAUGGAGCUUGCAGGGAUGCAGCAUGAUUCAGGGGAUGCUGGAGACGAGGCGAGGAGGGGGUGUGGGCCUGUAGCUGAUCUGCAGUCCGCGAUGGAGGUGGAGGGUGGCAGUACCUCCUCCUGGCCUGAUGCACACGUGGCGGUGUCCAGCAACCAGAAUCCACAGGUUUUUGUUGCUGCUGCCACAACAGGACCGCCUGCAACGAAUCGACGUGCGUCUCUGAGUCCUGUUGGAAGCGAGCAGGGUGCUGAGCUGGCAUUAGGGACGAGAACAAGUAGUUUUGAUGAACACAAAUCUGCAUCGUCGCUGUUCGCAAGCUCAGAUGCCGGUGGCCAGGUGGUCGCUGAUACAGCUGAGCAUUCAUCAGAUCAGGAUUUGGUUCAGGACCCUCCUGUAGGGGGAAGACUCUCAGCGUGUGAAACUCGACUUGCGGGUGUACCGAAUGGGGCCAAGCGGCUGCGUCCCAUGUCGGGCCCGUGUGUUCUCAGUUGUGCAUCCCAUUUACAAGCUUCAGCCCUCAGUUACCACAACAGGGAGAGCGUUUCGGGGUUACCCUCCCUCUCUCGUCAUUCCUCUCCUGUACCCAUUCGCCUUAUCCAGAGAGUGUCCACGCCACCAGACGUCAAUGAGUUUGCAGCUGUCCAGCUAACUCCAGCACUGGACCGACAGAUCGAUCUGCCCGAUGCGUCAUGCCGUGUUAACUCCUCAGCAUCAGUAUCUGCAGCAUCUGGCCAGCCACGUCAUCCACGGACUGCAGCAGAACCUACUGCAAAAGAACACCGGAAGCAAGCAGGUGCCCAACCUGCUGAUCUUCGGCCUAUGAAGAAAGUGACGACGGGCGCAAAGACAAACAAGAAAUCUGGUUCAAGAAGCAGUACGUGCCUGCGAAUGGGACAGCCUGUGCAACAAGUGUCAUCUCAGCGGGAGGCACCAAACAGGACGGACUCACUCUCGCGGCCCAGUCCUCAACUUGCCGUGUCAUUGUCUGGUGUUGGGAAGCCUAUGCACGUGGUUGUUGCAACAGACAUGCGGCCCCCCAACAGUGCAGUGAGAAAUAUGCAGCCACAGCACCCACCUGCAUCGUCAGGAGAUGUGGUUUUCCAUCGGGAAUCUGAAGCUCUGCGAGGCGGUACAGCUUCUGGCACAGCUGGACGCAGGGUAAAUGACGCUUGCUCACCUCCAGGGCAACAGUCUAGGACGUACAAGCAUUCUGAUGCUGGACAGCCAGCCCUGGGCUUACUGACGAGCGAGGAGGGAUCGGAAUCAAAGCUAACUCAGGGAACUGCCUCACAUGGCCAGAAGAAAGCUGUGGAUACAAGGACCUCCCAAAGGCCCCCAAGAAGUCAGAGUGCUGUAGGCAUAGAUGCAAGCUUGUUUUUGAGGACUGCACCAGCGGCUACCCAGAAUAGAGCAAAGGCAGUAACCCAGACUGCCAACCCCAUGCAGCUGGUCUCCUGUACUGGCAAGCAGGCCCCACCCAUUGCGGCGCGAAAGAAGCAGCCUUCCAGGAAGCGUGUUCAUGUUACAGAGAACGGAUCCCAUCAUUCACUGGGAGUUGAGUGCAGCCUACAAGGUCAGACGGACUUGGCAGGAUGUUCUACACUUAUUUUGCCAAAUGCUAAUGCAAGACGGCACAUGCAAUGCAAGGGGCAACGGACAUUGACAGUACCGUGUGCACAAGACGAGGCUGGGCCUGACAGAUUGGCAGGUUUGCAUCCUUCGUCAACAAUGACUCCUACCGGUUCGCGGCAGGAUUUAAUGAGGAAGCCGGCUAAGCACCCUCACAAUGCCCCCAGGCAGAAAGACUGGCAUGAAAAAGCACGGGCAUCGGUUGCCGAGCGCCAUCUAUGUCCAUCUGGAAAAGAGAAGGCACCUUCCAGUGCAGUGCAGGAGCCUGAGGAAAGGGCGACAAGCUCAGAAAGAAGAGUUGGCAAUCCAAUCGCUUUGAAGAGCCAUGCGCGAGCAGGUAAGAGUCAUGAUCCUAUGUUAGCUGAAGGGGCAAUCACAUUGGGCAAGGUGUCACAGGGUAGAUAUCUGGCUGCAAAUGGGAUGCAAGGAACGUCCAUCGAUGCACCUCGACAGCAGCAGAAGCAGCAGCAGCAGCAUCGGGGACAGCAGCAGCAGCAGCAGCGGCAACAUCAGCAGCAGCAGCAGCAGCAGCAGCAACAUCAACGACAGCAGCAGCAGAAGCAGCAGCAGAAGAAGCAUCAGCAUCAGCAUCAGCAUCAGCAUCAGCAUCAGCAUCAGCAGCAACAUCAGCAACAGCAGCAGCAGCAACUACAGCAGCAGCAGCGGCAGAUGCCUGCAGGUCUUUUUGGCCAUGUUCAAGGUAGUGGCUCGAACCAUGGUGUUGGUGAAGCUGCUGCUGAGGACACUCUUGGCCGGAAUUUGGACAGUGGCAUGCCCAGUCAGCGGGGGCUACGGACUUCCCUUGGCCAGGGAAGUCGAAGCAUAGUGCUGCGUGAAGGCAUGGUUUCUAUACAUCAUGGUUCAAUGUGGCAAAAACUGGAUGCUAGGAGGCAUCUGUCACGCUUUGGGGUGCAAAGCAAUCAAAAUGGCGAAAGUGGAGCUGUGCGAGCUGGGGUUAUUAUCAAUGGUGUUCGUGUUUGGGGCCUUCCAGAAGGGAGAAGACAUGAAGCUGAGGAGGCUUCAGGAUGUCACACGGUCCAGAGCAUGGAGUUUGAGCAGCAGAGGCAAAUGGCAAGUGCGGAGCAAAAGGUGCACCCAGAGAAAGAUCAGCAGGAAUGUGAGGAACGAGAGCUCGGUUGUUCAGGUCAUGAAAGUGUUCGCCUGGAGGAAGAUGUCCAGGCAGUAGGUGAGGUCCAGCGGACGGAUGAUGUCUUGUGCAUUCCUGUUGACCACCAGAUGGAAACGCAGAAUGAGAAAGAUAUAGAGGAUGUCCAGAAGUUGAGAAAUACCAGUGAGGUAGAUGAGGGUGGUGAUGUCUUGUGCAUUCCUGUUGACAACCAGAUGGAAAUGCAGAAUGUGGAAGGUAUAGAGGAUAUCCAGAAGUGGAGAAGCACCAGUGAGGUAGAGGAGGGGGGUAGUAAACCCUGCAUUGCAGCAGGAGAGGAGGUAGGUAAUGAUCCAGACGGUAUGUCGGAAGAUGGUUUCCAAAGUGAUGAAGAGGAAAUAGAUAUGGAGCAGGAAGAGAUAAGCGACUCGGAUGAUGAUGAUGACGACGAUGAUGGUGAUGGUGAUGGUGAUGGUGAUGAGGAUGACGAUGAUGGAGGAGAAACUAGAAUGGAAAUUGGGAACAGGGAAGGUGGGGGUGCCAACGAUGGCAGGAUGCAAGUGUCUUUUCCAGGAACGGACUCAAGAGGACGGGUGGAACUUCCACAUGACGAGGUCAUGGAAUCCGAUGUGGAGUUUGAGAAGGAGGAAAUUGAGGACUCGGAUGAUGAGAUGACAGAGUCUGAUCCAGAAGUGGCAGGGGCUGAAAGAGCAGAAGAUGGAUGUGAUGAUGCAGAGGUUGAGAACAUAGAGUUUGAGGAAGAAGAGAUGCUUUCUGAGGAGGACGAACUCGAUUAUGUGCCACCCUGUCAUGGGAUCACAGAGUCUCGGAAUCCCAACCAGGUUGUUGUCCCACCUAUGGGUGGGUCAAUGGAAGAGGUGACUUGCAGCAAAUUUGAAAAUAAUCAGCAGGUUUGGCAGCCUGAAAUGAGAACGCCUGCCAAAGGGAGAAGAGUGGUGUGCAGGAACAGGGCAAGAUUGGAUCGCAAGGUCGGUGGCAUAUGCAGCUUGCGAACUCAGAAAAGGUGCGAGAUCAGGGUGGCCAGAGGGAUCGGGAUCAAGAGUGCUGAGAGCUUAAAUGCCAAACGAGAUGCGUGGGAGACGGUCAAUGGGGAGGGGCUGCAGAGUUGUCGACGCAAGCGGCCAGUGAAGAGUGGUGGUGGAACCGGUGGGGCAGGCUGGUUGCGCGGGCGCAACAUCGUCGGAAUGUACCAGCUCCUGUGGCGCGGAGCAUCUGGCAAGGAGCUAGGAGGGUGUGAAGGAAGAUGGAACAAGAUAUCCAUGGCUGGUAAAGCUGCAGAGCAAGGAACUUUGCUGAAGUCCGAAACAAAGGAUAAUGUGGAUGAGGAGGAGGAGGAAGAAGAAGAAGAAGAAGAAGAAGAAGAAGAAGAAGAAGAAGAAGAAGAAGAAGAAGAAGAUGACGACAACGACGACGACGGCGACGACGACGACGACGACGACGAAGAAGAAGAAGAAGAAGAAGAAGAAGAAGAAGAAGAAGAAGAAGAAGAAGAAGAAGAAGAAGAAGAAGAUGACGACGACAACGACGACGACGACGAUGGCGACGACGACGACGACGACGACGACGAAGAAGAAGAAGAAGAAGAAGAAGAAGAAGAAGAAGAAGAAGAAGAAGAAGAAGAAGAAAAAGAAGAAACGAUUUCACAGAUUUUUGUGUGAUGAGACACACUAGUAGAAUACCAUGAAUAGACACAUGAUCACACAUGCAUACACACAGAUUACACAUGUAUAUACUCAAGUCCAAAGCAAGAAAAGUACAGAUUGUACGCGAUUGAUUGCAAGCCAGCGGCGGGUCAUGGCACCCCGACCGGUUUGGACCGCCGCUAUGCGGUCGUCCUUCCUCAGGGGGAUUGCCACCACGCUGCAGCCCUAGUCUGAGCGUCAUCCCACACACCCGCCUCCACCAUUUGAUUUAAGCUCAUACAACUCUAUAACCCCCUCUGUUGCUUGUAACUUACCACCAAAGCAGAACUUUAUGGUUGUGGCUCCUUUUCCAUUCUGGGUGGUGCAUCAGUCCGCAAUUCCUUUUUUAUUUUUAUUUUUUUAUUUAUCAGUCCGCGGUUCCUAUUCCACCGCCAAGUCAAAUAGAAUUACAAUCAGAAUUAACUUAGGCAGGGGUGAGCGGGGUUACAUCCUUCCACCGGGACGUAAUCAAUGCCAUCCUUUGGU